CUGUGUGUAUCUCUACGUCAUAUUUUUUUCUUCUUCUUUUCCCUCCCUCUCUCUUUUCCCUUUCCUUCUUUCGCUCUUCUCUUCUUUCUAUUGCUUGGCCUCUUUUACCGCCUUUUCACUGCUCCUUACCUAGUCCUCCAAAUCGUCGCUUUCGGCUUCGUACUUUUUCUCCUUUUAUUAGAUCGACAUGUACAAUGUACAAUUUCAGCAUCCGUCUUUUAAUGCCCAGCAGAGACAGCAGCAGCAGCAGCAGCAACAACAACCUCAACAGCAACAGCAGCAGCAGCACCACCACCACCAGCAGCACUCGCACCCACAGUCGCAAAACGACCCAAAUGCUGUAGCAGCUGCAGCUGCCGCUAUCGGCAAUGAUCAAAAAGCGUUUCCUUCGCCGCUCACGACGUCUUCACUUGAUUCACCGCCACAUCCAAACCACCAGAAAAUGCAUCAACAGCAGCAAUCCAUGAUGCCUUUGAAUACAAACGCACCUGCCUCUCCGAAACCAUAUACAUCGUCUUCUUCGGCAUCCACGAGUCGUCAGCAAUAUGCAUUACAACAUCCACCGUAUAGCACACCAACGCCUACAUUUAACCAACAACCCUCAGCGGCAGCAGCAGCGGCGGCAGCAGCAGCCGCUGCCGCAGCAGUUGCAGCCACCUCGUCAGGUUCACGAUCACAGCAAGCACCGUCAGGAUCACCGUCAAUGAGGAAAGACAUGUAUUAUUCGUCUCAGGGACAGCAUCAGCAGCAACAACCAACAGCAGCUGAUCCAUGGUCCGUGGCAACGUCUGGCGCAGCCACAGGCAAUACUGCCGUUGUCGAUCAUUCAUUCACAGGGAAACAGUCAGACGCUUCGAUGGUGUCACCAACGAGUGCAGGCAGCUUUGAUGAAGAAAUGCAGCAGAGAAAUUGUGAGAGAGAAAUAGCAGCGAUAGAAAAUGGUGUGGAUUGGUAAUUGAACCGCCAAUGUGUGUUCUUAAUACUGAAUAGGAAGGGAGUUUUGGGGGAAGGGGGAUGGUGAAAGAAGAUGGUGAUGAAGAAGAAGAUCAUUGUUUUUUUUUGGGGGGGAGGCGGUG